AUGUCCACAGCCAGCAAGAACAAGUUCGGUUAUGACGUCCACUUCAACCUUCAAAACAACCAAUCUCAAAUAACUGGCUCUGCCUCAUUGAAUUGGAACAACCCGGAAGUCACGUGGAAGUAUGUCUCGUGCUCCGCGGAACAGAAAAGUAAUUACACGCAGUGCGAGUGC